UGGUGGAGGACAAACUGUGAGGGCUGUGGGUUCCAGAACCAUUUGUUCACUGACUGAAGAUGAAGAUAGAAAUCUAGAGAGAGGCCUGUCAAACCUUACUUAGGCCCCCUUCAGUCACUCAGAUGGUGUCACUGCACUCAGGCAACCUCUGAGGAGGUAGGCUCCAUCCCCAUCUGUGUCAGAAGUAAACUGAGAGUCACACAAGGGGACCCACGGAAGUGGGAAGCCUGCACUGACAUUAUCAGCACAGCAAAGCUCUUGAACCUCUCUGUCCUGCCAGGGAGCUACUUGGUUUCCAAGGAACUCUCUUUGUUUGCUUUAGGAAAGAGAGUUGGAAAGAGAAAAAGGCAUUGCCUAAGCCCCGAGGUCUGCUUUUCACAGGGCCUAACAGAAUAAGACAAUAUUUGAUAUAAACCUAAAGCAAAUUAGGAAACACAACUUCAUAAUUAAUUUAGUAAUAUUUAAACGUGGUAUCUCGUGGGGAGGGGGGUCAUGCGCCUCUCAUCGGUUGUGUUUAUGAAAUAGUUUCUAAUCUCAAGGCUGCGAGGUGAAAUGUGAGCAGAGCCCGCCUGAAGCCCUGGGAUUUUGGUAGGAACAGGACUUAGCCCUGAGCUCAACAAGAUGUUCGUCUGCUCUUCUCCUCCUUGGUGCAGGGUGGAUGAUGUCGCUCCCCCACCGCUGCCCUCCUCUCCAUGACCAUAGACAUGGGGAGAGUAGGCUCUUCCUCAGUGUUCACAGCCCCCCCCCCAGGGCUCUUCAGUCUGAGCCCGAGGAGGUGACGGGAAAUGGAGAAGUAAGAUUAUAAAAUAUUCUCGGCUGUUCGCAGUUUCUAAAUACAGUAUUAAAAGCUCAGUGUCUCACGUCACCGUUUAUGAAUUAAAUGAUUUGGGUUCAAAAUUAAUAGAAAUCAAUAAAAAGCACACUGAAUGUACUUUCAGAGCAUGGACCCUGGGACUGGCAGUCUGUCCUGGAAACAUUCCCUAACAAUGUGUCCUCCUUUGCUUCCAGAAGCCUUUGGCAUGUCUGAGCGGAGCCGACCCGUCUUCCGUGGGAGCGCCUUUGAACAGCUUCCAUAAAACACAUUUAUGCAUACAUUGUUUCAAUCAAGACCCGAAAGGACAUCUCUCCAUCUUCUCCACAGGCCGUUUUAAGAGUCCAAUGGUCUCCGAGAGGACCCUCCACUCGGCUGUCAAAGCACCCCAGCGCCCCAGGGUGCUUGCAGUUCAAUGGUAGAUGCAGCUGGAUUUGAGAGCAUCGCACAGUGUCCUCAGGAGCUUCGUCAGAUGAUGGCUGCAGCAGCUGAUGGUUUGGGGAGCAUCGCCCUAGAUACCACGCAGCUCAACAUGUCCGUCACCGAUCCCACAGCCUGGGCCACCGCUAUGAAUAACUUGGGCAUGGUUCCUGUGGGGUUGCCUGGACAGCAGCUCGUGUCUGACUCAAUCUGUGUGCCGGGCUUCGAUCCAGGACUCAACAUGAUGACCGGGAUCACCCCCAUCAACCCGAUGAUCCCUGGCCUGGGGCUGGUACCACCCCCACCCCCAACGGAAGUGGCCGUUGUCAAGGAAAUAAUCCACUGCAAAAGCUGUACUCUUUUCCCCCAAAAUCCAAAUCUUCCACCUCCUUCCACAAGAGAGCGACCUCCAGGGUGCAAGACUGUGUUUGUCGGAGGAUUACCAGAAAAUGCUACGGAAGAAAUUAUUCAAGAAGUCUUUGAGCAGUGCGGCGAUAUCACAGCCAUCCGAAAGAGCAAGAAGAAUUUCUGUCACAUUCGCUUUGCAGAGGAAUUCAUGGUUGACAAAGCCAUUUACCUCUCUGGUUACCGAAUGCGAUUAGGGUCGAGUACGGAUAAAAAGGAUUCUGGCCGCCUUCACGUGGAUUUUGCCCAGGCCAGGGAUGACUUUUACGAAUGGGAAUGUAAGCAAAGGAUGCGGGCCCGGGAGGAACGGCAUAGGCGCAAACUGGAAGAGGACAGGCUGCGGCCUCCCUCGCCGCCCGCCAUCAUGCACUACUCAGAGCAUGAAGCUGCCCUGCUGGCUGAAAAACUGAAAGAUGACAGCAAGUUCUCCGAGGCUAUUACAGUUCUGCUGUCCUGGAUAGAGCGUGGGGAGGUGAAUCGGCGCUCGGCGAACCAGUUCUACUCCAUGGUUCAGUCGGCCAACAGCCACGUGCGCAGGCUCAUGAAUGAAAAGGCCACCCACGAGCAGGAAAUGGAAGAAGCAAAGGAGAAUUUUAAAAAUGCCUUAACGGGGAUCCUCACUCAAUUUGAGCAGAUUGUGGCCGUUUUCAACGCUUCUACCAGACAAAAAGCUUGGGACCAUUUCUCGAAAGCUCAGCGCAAGAACAUAGACAUUUGGCGAAAGCACUCUGAGGAGCUCCGGAACGCUCAAAGCGAGCAGCUCAUGGGCAUCCGCCGUGAGGAGGAGAUGGAAAUGUCUGAUGAUGAGAACUGUGACAGCCCAACUAAAAAAAUGAGAGUCGAUGAAUCAGAGGCAGACACUGAAGACUGUGCAGGAGACAUGGCGGACCCUGGCUUGCAUUCUGCUGCCCUGGCUGCUCAGGCCUAUGCCCUCAAGGAGGAGAACGACAGUCUCCGGUGGCAGCUGGAUGCCUACAGGAAUGAGGUGGAGCUGCUGAAGCAAGAGAAAGAGCAGCUCUUCCGCACAGAGGAGAACCUCACCAAGGACCAGCAGCUGCAGUUCCUCCAGCAAACCAUGCAGGGCAUGCAACAGCAAUUGCUGGCCAUCCAGGAGGAGCUGAACAACAAAAAGUCAGAAUUGGAGCAGGCGAAGGAGGAGCAGUCUCACACACAAGCAUUGCUCAAAGUCCUCCAGGAGCAGUUAAAAGGCACCAAGGACUUGGUGGAGACGAACGGCCACAGCCACGAGGAUGCAAAUGAAAUCAAUGUGUUGACGGUUGCGUUGGUUAACCAAGACCGAGAAAACAACACCGAAAAAAGAAGCCAAGGCUUAAAAUCUGAGAAGGAGGCCCUGCUAAUAGGCAUCAUAUCGACGUUUCUUCAUGUUCACCCCUUUGGAGCUAAUAUAGAGUAUCUGUGGUCAUACAUGCAGCAGCUGGACUCCAAGAUAUCUGCCAGUGAAAUUGAAAUGCUUCUGAUGAGACUGCCACGCAUGUUCAAGCAGGAAUUCACUGGUGUGGGAGCGACGCUGGAGAAGAGAUGGAAGUUGUGUGCCUUUGAAGGAAUUAAAACGACCUAACUGACGGCCAGGAAAGCUGGAAGCAAAACCGUCUGAAGCCAGCCAGGGCCAUACGGCCUAGGAGCCGGAGGGUUGGGGUCUGCCAGCGUGGGACCUGUGUGGAGCCACCAAAGCUUUGUUCAGUGACAUCUGUGGCGUUUUCAUGUGCGUGGAAAUGUAAUUGUGUACCAGUUCCUUAAACUAGACCAAACCUCAUACUAUGCCAGACCUGCCCCUAUGAAUACCAAGCAAUGAUUCCACAGUCAAUGACCACAAAAUCUCAAACUAGGCCUCGUUGCGGAGUAGCGCAAAUGCUUAAAGUCGGCGGCGCUGCAGCAAUGGCGGUUGCCCGGCUACGGAGGUGUAUAUGUAAUGUACAGCUGAGAACAUUAAAUGACAUUCUCCUGAUGGUCUUUCUGUUUUCGUUAAUAAAACAACAAAACAACAACAAAAAAAAGGUGAUUUUACAGUGGGGAAAAAAAUCAUACCAAAAGAAAACUUGAAUAUGUGUUUGAACAGUUAUUGUAUUUUGUAAAUUAAGUUAUAUGCUAUUCCAGGGACUUUUUGCCUUAUUGAAGAGGCAGAAAACUAUGAUUGGACUCCUUGAGAAUGCUUUAUCAAGGAUAUUAUUUUUCUAAUGUAACGGUUCUCCAUCACGUGUUCUUUUCACAUGGACUGCAUAGCAAUUUUCAUAAACUGUAAAUAGAAGGAAACCCGCUGCUGUCCCGUGCUUGUAUGUAACAUUCAGGUUUAUGCAUUGAAAAACAUUCGGAAAAUAUUCCUGUUACAAAUUUUAUAGCAAAGAUAUUAAUUUUUUUCAAUAAAUCUUGACUUCUACCACA